UAAGGUGUAUCCUGAGUCUUCUCCCAUUCCUCCUUCAAAAGUUGCAGAUCCAAGGCCUGGACCAGCUAAAUCUUCUCAAGAUUCUGGACCUGGUCCCAGUAUAUACUGACACCUACAUAUUCCUGUGAAAAUGAUGGAAGAUUUUUUGAGACUGGCUUCCAAAAACACACGGAAAAACUUAGAGACAUGUGGUGUUCUUGUAGGCUCCCUGAAAAACAGGAUUUUUCAUAUCACUACACUUAUUAUCCCAAAGCAGGAGUCAACUUCAGACUUGUGUUUAACAUUGAAUAAUGAAGAAGAAAUAUUUGAAGUUCAGGACAGCUUAUCACUGUUUCCUUUAGGCUGGAUACAUACACACCCAUCACAAACUUGCUUCAUGUCAUCCGUGGACCUGCACACCCAUUACUCAUACCAGGUAAUAUGGCAUUAUUAUUAUUCAAAUUCUGUGACUAUUCACAUUGUAGAUUUUGCUGGAGCAGUCUAUACAUCCCUCUUGUUAAGGCUAUGGAAAAGAAAAAGAAAUAGUUGCAAUAAUGCUAGAUAAUAGAUUUUUAGUUGUGGUUUGUAAUAAUUUAGAUAAAGAAGAUAAAGAGCAAAUAUCAUGAAUAUUAAUAGAGAAUUGGUAUGUUGUGUGAAUUCAUUGAUUAUGAAGAUGCAUGAAUCGGACUAGGUACUUAAAAAUAAAUCCAAUAUAAUAAAAAUUGAAAACAAAUAUGUAUUUGGUAUCAGCGAACAUGAUAAGGUCAGGGUGUAUUUUCAUACCGACUAUCAUUUCACUUUUU